AUGGGGAAGUUGCGUGAUCUGUGGACCGGCGAGGAUGCGCGGGCGGUGAAUGCGCCGCAGCCGGUGCGCAUCGCGCGCGGCUGGGACGUGCAGCCGGAGGUGCUUCCCGCCAAACCCCUCGCCCCGCGCAGGCGCAAGUACGCACACGUGCGGCCGAACAACCGCGACGCGGUGGCGCUGCCGCACCCCGGGCAGAGCUACAACCCGGCGGACGACGACCACCAGGCCGCGCUGCGAGUGGCGGUGAGGAAGCUGCAGCGCAAGCGGGCCGCGGACGAAAGGUUCAUGGCCGUGAUGACGCGCGGCCGCGACACGCCGGUCACGGGGAAUUUCUCCGCAGACAAGACGUGGGAGGAGGAGGUGCAGGAGCGACCGCAGAAUCCCAAAAAGAAGCCAGGCACGAAGCAGGAGGAGGAGCAGGCGAAGAAGAAGAAACGACAGAAGAAGAAUAAGAGCAAGAAGAAGGCGUCGAAGGCCUCGCUGCAGGCCGCCAAGCGUGCCCUCCCGCAUCGCCGCCACCCGAAGCGUGAGGUUGCGGUGAAGGAGGUUGACGAGAUUGACGAGAUCGUAGCGGUGCACGAAGCGCGGCAGGCGCGGCGUGAAGCUGCGCGGGAGCGGCGCCGCACCGUGAAGCGUGAAAACAUGCAGGUGAAAAGUUUUGGCCGCCACCACCACACGCCGUUGGUUUUGGAUGUCGCACCCACAGACAAACUCGUCGGAUCGCUGCGCCACCUGAACGGCGGUUACAUCCACCCGGUUAUGGAUCGAAUGAAGUCGCUGGAAGAGCGCAAUCUUGUGCCGGCCCGGAUGCGGCACACGUACAAUAAACGGAAGGUGCUGAAGCCAAAGGGCGAGGUGCGUGUGAAGCGAGAGACGUUUGGUGUGAUGCCCGAGACAAGCUUCUAG